AUGGCCCCGAUCCAGAGCAGCUCCCGGGGGCUCUGCACCGUUGUCCUCCUCUCUGCCUGCCGCUGCUGCCGGACACGUCCCCUUGCUUCUGCCCGGCACCCGCUGGAGCCGCCCCAUGCUGGGGAGCCCGAGGAGCCCCCGCUGGGCCUACCUGCGGCAGGAGGAGAGCUGCUGCUCCGAGGGCAGUGGUGCUAUGAUUCGCAGGACCCCAAGUGCGGCCCCAGCCACUGGAAGGAGCUGAACGCCCACUGCGGGGGCCCCCCCGCCGCCCGCCAGUUCCCCAUGGAGCUCCACAUCGUCCACAUCAACAUCAACUACCGGACCCUCGGGGAGGCCAAGGGGCACCCGAAUGGGCUGGCCGUGCUCGGCUUCUUCUUCACGGUCUCAGAAACAGACAACUCCAACUACAACACCAUCGUGGCUGGUCUGAGGAAUGUGUCUCACCACGGGGACUCUGUGGAUCUGGCCUCUACCUUCCGCCUCAGCAACCUGCUCCCGCGUGCUGGGCAGCUCUCCAAGUACUAUCGCUACCAGGGCUCCCUGACCACCCCCGACUGCAGUGAAGUCGUCGUCUGGACCGUGUUUGAGGAGCCUGUGGCCAUCAGCCAGGCGCAGCUCAGGGUGUUUGUGAACACCGUGCACUUCCCGGCCGUCGGCUCUGCACCCCUCAAAAUGACCAACAACUUGGAAACACUGCCCAGUGUGUUCCUGGAAGUCACGGGCCCAGAAAUGGCCUUUGCUCCCUCCUACCCCUGCUGCAGCCUUAGCGCGGCCGUUGAGGCGCCCUACAUGGCGGCAGACCCAGCUCCCCUUGCUGGCACUGCGGGGGCGAUGCGGAGG